UGGUAUAAUGUAUUCUAAGGUAUUGAAGAAGCUUCGAGAGUGCACCGAUUGGGAGCGGAUCUUUAAUAAUUUAACAAUAUAAAGACGGAAAGUUCUGGAGACAUUGAGGGAGAAACCCUAAAAAUAAGGAGGGGAGGGAGAGAGAGAGAGAAACAAUGGAGGAAAAGAAAGAGGAAGCCGGAGCAUCGUCGUACAGGUAUUGGGUUAGGGAAGCGACAGCAGACGCGGCUCCUCCUCCUCUUCCCCGCAAACUCAACCCCCACGACAUCGCCCACUCCGAUUCCUCUAAUCCUCCCGCCCUCGGCUCUCUCUGGAAUCGAGCUGGCACCUGGGAGGAAAAGAGUCUCACCAAAUGGGCCACCGAUCGGUUAAAGGAGUUGCUUGUAUCAGUCGGCUCCUUGGAAUUCUCUUCCGGAACCGCUGAGAUUAAGGAUGUCAGUAGAUGCGUAGGAGAUGCAUUCUUAAUUACAGUCCGAAACAAGAAAAGAGUCGGCUACACUUAUGAGAUUUCCCUCAAAUUUGAAGGGGACUGGACAUUUGAAGAUAAUAAGAAGAAGGUCAAGGGAAGGCUGGACAUUCCCGAGUUCUCUUUCGGCGAACUAGAUGAUCUCCAGUGAGAAGCAACUCUGAUAUUACAAUCCACAAGUAUCAAAGGGUGGGAGACUAAGAACGGCUGAGUGAAUCCGCUAAAGUAAAAGCAGUAAAACUCACCAUCAUCAUCAUCGAUCGUCACCAUAUCCUGGGUCUAAUACCAUUGAGAUUUCGAUGAUGUCGCACCACUCCAGUCCCCUGCAGUUAUCGUGAACUAUUUCAUACCCUUAAAGCGGAUUCAUUCAGAUGAACCCAGAUUAAAAAAACGAAGCUUUGAAAAUUAAUAUAUAGUUUCAUUACAUCUAACGUGCAAAUUAGAUUAACCUCGAUGCAUGUCAAAUUUUGAAUACCCCAUGACCUAUGGUUCAAUCGUGAAUGUAAAACUUCACUCCAUCUUUCCACCUAUUCUGUCGAUCAAGUGGUUAUAAUGACCUAAGCCCUAAAAUGAAUGGAUUCAUAAAGAAAGCAGUAAAGAUGUUUGACUGAACA